GGUUGAAUUGGAGAGAUCGCAGUAGCCAUACGCGUCGGACGCGAAUUUUCUUUUUUUCGCUCACGUCAAUUUUUCAAUAAUUGUUUCUGCAAAUUAAUGUUUGUUGAUUGCUAUUCGUCCUUUUUAUAAUUUCUACGAAGUGUUGCAAGUGUACAAGUAGUGCAAAAGGGAGUGAUCAGUAUCAAUUUGUGUUGUCGGUUGUCGGUAUCUAAUACACUUGAGGACAGAGGAUGGAUCGAUUUUUGAUUUAAAGCUCUACAUCCAGGUCGCUGCCGACUGCAUAGAUCAAAGAAAAGGAACAUAGACCUAACAGCGAGUGGGCAGAAGACAGAGCAUCGACUACAAAAUAUUGCUCCAAAUAUAACAUGGAUUUUCCGGUGAGAUUGUUUCAUUUUGUUUAUAAAUCAGGAUUACAAAAAAAAUGCUUGGUGCGAUCAAAACGGUUUUCUUUACUGGUUGAUCCUGCGAUUUAAGCAAGAGAGCUUCGGAUCGUUUGGACUAUUAUUUGGUUGUUAGAGUUUGCGCUGUCGAGGAUAAAUUCGGCGAUCAUCAUAGAUUUAUCGUUGAUUUCGGAAAGUUUUUUUUGACACAUGUUGGAAUGUUGGCAUAGAAACUGAGCUUCAAAGAUCGGUCAUGAUGCAACGUAGAGGCUCUUUCGGCACCUUUUGCGCUUCCCAUGAAAGUGUCAUUACAAAGUAGUGACGAAACUGCUCCCGUAUUGGAGUCCUAAUAUAAUUCGCGUCAUAAUGAUUGCAAGUGAUAUUGGUAUUGAUUAAGAAACUGCUACUUGUUACCACACUCCUUAGAACAUGUCAGAACAGAGAAGACUGCUUUUGUUUAGUUUACUGCAAGAGAAGGAGGAGCGAAUGCAGAAACAAUUUUUGGCCAUACUUUCAGGUUCUUCAGGUGCUGCAACCUAUUGUUUUCUAGUAGUUAAGGCUCAAGAAACCUUUUUUGAGCAUGUGUGAGAAUUGAACGCUUAGUAGUAUGCGUAGAAAAAAUGUUUUCAGCUUUGCCACCGGUUUAUCCAUGUAAAACCUUUUCAAAACUCUAAAAGUUGAUCAUCAGUUGAUUUAUUAGAUCAUCACGAUUAAAAUUAUGCCAAAUAGUUGGUGGAAAAACAAUUGACCAUCGAGAUGGUGCUUUUGAAAAAGUGGCUGUGGUUUUUUUUCAUCGCGCAGUUUUCUUCGCAAUGUCCUUGAGAAAAGUUAUUUUAUUAACAAAAAUGUAAUUAAAUUAUUCAGACGAGUGAUUGGACCUCUAGACAUUCGUCUGAAAUCUGCCAAACCCUUUCGGAAUACUUAUUGACGGGCAUAAACUGAAAUAGAAAGCGGAUUUUUAAAUGACUCAUAGUGACAUAAAACCGCUUGUUCCAGGUUGACAUUCACCGAUCGUGAAAGCAAACAACAAGUACUGGUCACCUAGGUUACCAGGCUCUGUUUCCUAAACCGAAACACAACGAAAACUUGACCAUCUGGCGUUAGUUUGUUUCAGUACGGAACAAAAACAACACCCUUUGUUUUGAGGUCCUGCAACUCGCUCCCAUCUGCAUUCAAUUGCAGUUGUUCAGUGUGGGGUUCGUGACUCGAUUGUCCUUGAGUUGAUAACUUGCUGGAACCGUCGAUAGAGCAUCGUGCGAAAUGUUCUCCACUGAGCAAGACAUCAAUCGGUAUAACUACCGACUUCGAUUCCAGGAAAUGGAAAAUAAGAUAAAGAAGUGUGAGCUAGAACGUACUCAGUUGGAGCAGAAGUUCGGUCAGCUGAUGCAGGAACGACAGGAAUGUGAGAAGACUGCAGCACGUUCUCUAAAGCUCAAAUAUAAACGAAUGAAGGACCUGGAGAGACAGCGAGCAGAAAGAAACGAAGAGUUACUACGGAUGCUACACAAAGUGGACCAGCAAGCAGCUUCCCUAGCCGCGAAAACCGAUCGUCUUAAAAUGCUCAAGACCCAGUACGAAUCAUAUCUCAUCCGAUCCUGGUCAUCGCAGCGAGCUCUUCCGAUGUCUCCGACUCCUUUCCAGCAUUCACCACAACUCUUCCAUGGAGCUUCAAAUGACAAUUUAAACCUUCUUCCUGCUCGAUGCCAUGAUCCGCCGAAAUCGGAAUUCGUCAAAUAUCUCUCCGACAUGACCCACUUACAAACGACAGAAAACAGUCCAAUUCCUCCUCCGAUGGCCCUAUCCAACUACAUUAGUAACCAACAGGCGCAGGCACCAUACUUUCCUCCCACUUACCAGUCAGCAGCUGGUCCCUCUUGGUCCCAUCCCAUUCCUCAAGCUUCAUCUUACAACCCUUCUUUUUACAACCAAUCUUCAGAACCAGAAAUCCCUCCAACACCCCAACGUAUCGCAACUAUUCCUCCUUCGACUUCCCGUAAGCUCAAACUCUCCAACGAGGAAUUCAUUCACUACAUCGACAACGAAAUUCUGAAGGGGCCCAUCUCUACCGCACCGGCUGAAAGUAUCGUGACACCACCCUGCAUCGUAGUUGAUCCACCCUCGGUUGCCUCAGCGCCCCACCCAACGGUAGCCCCCUAUCUGGAAGAUGUUGCCAACGAUGAAGAUAUAUUGCCGAAACGACAGGAUCUCUACGGAAGCUCAGCUCUUAUCGAGAAACUGACCGAAGCUACUGCUGCUCUUACGACCGUGAACGAUCAAAGGUCGGAGGAUGAUGGUACUACUGCUUGUGUCGUAGAUAGUCAACCUGACGUUGCUACAACGGUAGAAAAAUAUUCUGAGAAUACUGUACAGUAUGAAGCCACACAAUCUACAUCGCAGGAAAUAAUAGACGGCGUGGAUGACAGAAACGAGCAACCUGUAAGGCUGGAAGCAAUUGAUUCAAAGUUGGUUGAAAAUGAAGAUCUGUAUACUUCAGAAGAACAACCGCAUCUCACGGAAAGCAGCGAUCUAAGGCACGAAUCGGAACAAAAUAAUUUGGAAUAUCAACAAGUAUACAGCCCAGAAACUGAUUAUCUACAACAACAACAACAACAACGCGAACAAUACUUUCCAGAAGCCGCUGACUAUCAAGGUUAUGUGGAAGGUGGUGCUCAAGAGUACUCUGCUCAGGAGCCUGCAGAUUACCAAUAUAGUUACGAACAGGCUGUAGUCGAAGAGCAAGCUUCCACAGUUCCAAAUAUUCCCGCAGAGAACUCUAAUCACUGGACAACUGCACGGGAAGCAGUCGAAUCGAAGGAAUACGCAAACAUGACCGCAGCACGAUUUCCGGAAUCAAUCGUCGAGGUAGCUAACAAUGAAGAGAAAAUUUCCGAACGAGUUGAAAAACAGUCCACUUCAAAAGAGUCUAAGCGUAGCUCUCCAGAAGUUAUACCGGAAGAAGAACUACCUGAAGAGGCGGAGCAGCCCGUGACAGAGCAACUAGAUUCCACUCAAAACGAAAACUACUCCCAGUAUGUGCAGCAGUACGAUCAAACUGCGGAGCAGGAAGCCUACCAAUAUCAGCAGGAAGCUCCCGAACAUCCCUACCCUAUGUACGAGGAUCAGACAGGCCAAAUGGAACCCUACCAGGAGUAUUCAGCAGACGGUGCAGUUGAUCCGAAUCAAUAUCAACAAGCCACCGAAUAUCCCGGUCCAACGCAGUACGUAUUUGAGCAAGACUACUACGAUCAACAGCAGACGGAGAAUCAGCAACAGUAUGAUCCGAACCAGCCGAUCUACUACGGCACUGGUGCAGCGGCGGAGGAGCAGCAGAAUUAUUACACGACCGAACAGCAACAGGAGCUUUACGAUGAAUCGCAACAGCCACAGGAAUACGAGGCUGUCCCGUCAGCUUACCCAGGUGAGACCAUUCCAGAGGAACCAACGUCAGUGCUGCAGGAAGAAGAGCAAAAUGAAUCCAAAGUUGAUGCACUGCCAGCGGAAGAUGAGCCGGUUGCGAUUCCGAUAAAUGACGAGGUUCAAGCAACGGAGAAAGAGAAGCAUGACACCACGGUUAGCUCGACAAAUGAUGAGAGUGAUUUCGAUUUCUCUACUCAGUAGAUAUCAGUGAUUGGCACCAAUGCGUUGUUGAACAGUUAUUGAACUCUAUGUAGAAUAAAGUUUCAAAUACAAUGGAAGCGGUUUGUUAAGAGCGGAAACAAGAUAAAUGUCUUCAAAACUGAAGUUGGUUGAAGAAAAACUUUGGACUUGCAAAUGCCGAAAAUUGUUUGAAUAAUAUACCGAAACGUUUAA